AUGUCUGGCAACAUAUCAGAUGGGCCGGCCCUGCCCAACGCCAAUGGCACUGCCCAAGCCCACGCAGAUGGAAGUCAAGAAGCCCAGCGCGCGUUGCCUGGUGCGAUGCAGUCCGAAUUCAGGAGCCGACGGAACAAUGACAAUUACACCCCGACCCCCCAGAACCUAAAGAACUUUCUUGUAACCUGUCACACCCUGAAUCAAGCCACUGUGGUUUUUCUCGACACUCCUCCCCAACAGCAAGAUACAUCCACUCCCGAUCUUCAGGAGAAAGAUGAUGCUCGAAAAAUCGUCAAAUCGCCAGAUUUCAUGGGAAAGCAGAAAGAAGUCUGGCAGAUUUUGUUAGAGAGCGAAGAAUCUAGCUUUCAUCAAACUGUUUUCCCGUCCGCGGAUCAAGUCCACGAUAAGUUCUUCGUCAUUGAGAGAGUCGACGGCGAAACCAAGCUUUGCCCCUUUGAUCGACUGGGUGUCUCGGCCACUGUUUUGGCUCUCGUGCGCCAGGUUCUGGGCGACCCAGCGCUUAGCCAGGCUGCUGGCAUUAGAGGAAACAUUCUCUAUAGCUCUGCGGGAGGAAGCACUCAAUUGGGGAUUCCUGCUGAGCCACAGUUUCAUGAUAAUGCCUUUGAAGACGGACAAUAUCGCGGGCUCAGCCUUUUCUUCAAUAUCAACAAUAAUCGCCCUCUUUGCCUUGUGACAAUCGAGUAUAGGCCAAAGCAUUUUGCUCUGGAUUCAAGCAUGAUUGCAGCUUUGGAGAGUGGAAUUGUCUUGAACAGGGGUAUCAAUGGCGAUGAUUCUUCUCCGACGGGAAUCAUCACGAGCUUGAUAACUCAGUUGCUCGACUUCAUGGUCCAGUCAGGAGUGCGUUAUGGCUAUCUUUACUCGGUGGAAGGCAUUGUUUUUCUGGAAAUCCAAAAUGACCCAUCAGUCGUUCACUACUUUGUUAGCCUCCCCAAAGAGGAAGUGGACCACCACGUCGAAUCGACAAUGCCUUACUCGGCAGUUUCACAGAUUUUUGCCUUUGUCAUUCGGGCGAUGCGGACAUCGCUAAGCUCUAUGCAUUAUUUGAAUCAGCCUAAUGAGCUUGCUCCUUGGAGCAACCAAGCCGAUGAAAGUGCUAUUCGGAAUAAACAGGCCGAUGAGCGUGCUGCAUGGAACUACAAAGUCGACGAGCAUGUUGCUUGGGGCGGGCCGGUCGUUGCUCAAGAGAACAACAUCGAAGAGAUAGCCAUGCAACUGCAGCAAUGGGGAAAAACAAAAGUCUCAUCUGCCCAAUGCGAAGAGGGCCAGGAUAUGGCCAUGGAUACCGACGCUGACAGCAGCGCAAAUGAAUUUGAUGGCGAGCCAUAUGACAAGUGCGAAGUGGACAUUGGCGAAGAGACCUCUGUGAGAAUUGAAAUCAAGAUGGACUCUGAUAUUACCGCUGUUUCUACCCCGAGUGGUCAGAUGCAAUGCCUGACGCUACAACGCGAACAAUCCGUUCAAAAUGACGAGACGGCAAACAAAGAAACCCAAAUGAAGAACCGCCAAGAGAUUGCGCAGGCCAGUGAUGACCAUGAUGAUGAGAUGCAUGAUGAUGGCCUCUACAUGAACGACUUUCAAAAGAUCAUAAGUCGCCCGGUCAAACUUCGUAAAGCAAAAGAGGUCGAGAACUCGUACUGCACACAGCAAUGCCUCUUGGGGGUAGCACACAGUACGCCCCUGGACAAGGCAUGUCCCAAUGUCCAUUUGCACGGAAACAAGCACAUCAGCAAAAAGGAGUUUCUCGAGCGACUUAAAGACCAGCUUUCUCAGUCAGGAGAGUCAAACGAUUAUUGUACCCCUUUGGAACAAUUCGGCGCUAUCGGCAAGAUGUUCAAGGUGGCUCUUGUCGGCCAUGGCUAUACUUUUGUAGCCAAAGCUACCUUGCGUGCGGACUGGGUCUUUCUGCACCGCGAAGGCGAAAUGUACGAACUGCUCAAGGAUCUUCAAGGCUCUGUCAUACCAGUCUGUCUCGGCAUUGUAAGAGUAGAUCCCGAGUUCUACCAUGAAGACAGACUUCUUAGCCAGUUUAUGGUGCUUAGCUGGGCUGGGCUGCCAUUCCAGGGAAACUUUGACGAAGGGGUUGAAAGUUUGCUCACCGACACCGUCAUUGGAGCUUAUAGACAACUACACAUGGCAGGGAUGCAGCAUCGUGAUCCCGAUCUUUCGAACAUGCUGUACAACCCUCUGACGAGCCAAGUCAUGCUUGUCGAUUUUCAUGGGUCCCGCCUCCAUCCUGAUCGCGUCGCCGCUAUUGAGGCUGCCGAAAAGGAGGCAAAGGAGGCAAGGAAAAAUGAUCCAGACUAUGAAUCUGAAGACGAAGGAAUUCCAUACGAGGCUGAUGGCAGCCUCCGUACCACCCCCAAACCUCCCCCAACGGCUGAAGAACUUGAGGCCUUGCGCAGGAAGUUUGAAGAGGAGUGCAGGCAAGAACUUGAAUACGCAGUCGAAUCCAUGAAGUGGUUCGUGUCGGGCCAGCAUGACCGAAGAAACUAA